AUGACGUCGAAUUCAGAGCACCGGAGCUCGCCUCACAGAAACUCUCGAUCACCUUUUGAUGAAGACACAACAAUGAAGGACGAAGACAGAUCGCGCUCUGGUUCUCCCCAAGGGCGUCGCUUCGACGGACGAGAAGCUCAGGACGAUGAACGGCGCGGUCGCUCUGGAAGCUCCAAGCGAAAGAGGUCCCGAAGCAGCAGCAGCCAACAAUUCAGUAAGAGGGGCCGGUCAUCAUCGCGCGGUCAUCGAAGGGGUGGAAGUCAUUUGGGGCAAAGGGGAGUUGAUAUUGUGAACAUAGCCGACGAAGAUGCAUCAUUCAUUUUGGGUGCUGGUGGAAGAACCAAGAGGAAACUGUCACGCGUUUGCGGUGCUGAGUUGAAUAUAAAAGAACAUGAAGGUCGCACUAUUUUGGAGAUUCGCGGGACUGAUGAGGCUCGAGAUAGAGCGAAAUUAUAUGUUGAUUUUGUAAUGCAACAGCGUGUUGGCCCGGUCAGACUGAAACCAGACCAACAAACCAGAGAUGAUUUGACUUGCAUUAAAGUUCCCCACGAGUGCGUUGGGUAUGUGACGGGUCGGAAAGGUCAAGGUCUUAGAUCCAUCGAAGAAGAAUGGGGAACUUUAAUGUUUUUUACGGAUCUGCGUUCUGAAAGCACUGGAGAAUUUGAGAAUCUCGCCAUCUUCGCGCCCGAUGAACGGAAGCGUCGCGGAGCAGAGUUGAAGGUGAUGAGCGCAGUUGAACAGAAAAUGCCUGGCCACUACACGAAAGACACCACUGAGUUCAUCGACGAAUCGGAUGCUUUUGGGACAGACAGAGUCCCAAUCAAGGAAGAGGAUUAUUCUUAUGCUUUGGGGAAAGAGGGAGCAACACGUAAAAAACUUGCUCGCGCAUCUGGGGCGAUUCUUGAAUAUGUUGGAAGGAUUGCGUUCGUUUCGGGAAAUAAAUGUGAACGAGAGCGUGCCCGCGAAUACUUGCAAUGGCUGUGUGCCCAACGUACCAACUACGUUCACGUCGUUGAUGAAGGACGAGGGGAUUGCAUGGUCGUUCAGGUUCCGACAAAUUGCGUUGCAUACGUUACUGGAAGCAAAGGAAGCUCAUUGCGACGUAUUGAAGACAUCAGCGGAACAUUCAUCUUCCUCGACGGAACGAGCCGCGGACGCGACAACGAGAAAUUGUUGAUUUUCGGCCACGAUAGUAAUGGACGUCGUCAUGCGAAGGAAUUGGUGUUGGAACGUAUUGAUGAAAAGUUAAGCGGAAGAUCUAAUCGGAAUUACUAUCGUGGACGAAGUCGUUCGAGAAGCCCCCUACGGAGGACGACGCAAUGA